GAAAUGAGAGUAGGAGGAUUAAUUAUAAUUUAUUAUUAAUAAAAAAGAAAAGUGAUUGUACAGUAGAGGAGUUACAGUGUGAUGCAGAAGAAGCGUUACGCAAAACGCUUUCACUCACCCUCGACCCGCUUCUUCAAAACUCUUCCUAUUUUUGCCUUCUCCCUCUUCUCCUUCUCCGCAGAGAAGAGAAGAGGAGAAGAACCCUUUCAAUUUUCCAAAACUAUAAAACAAAUAUAAAUAAGGGUUCCCAUCUCUCUCUAACCGAUUCCGCCAUUUUUCACUUCCAGGUGCAUUGUCUUUUCCUCUCAAUGGUAUGUUCCCCGGGAGGUGGGAGAAUGGAAGUCAUGGCAAGGCUUCUUGCUUCUAGGGGUUUCUCUCAGACAGUAGCAGAUGACUUUUCCCAUCAGAAGUCGGCUGCUGAGUAUAUCUGUACAGAACUACGUGAGGCAGACGAAGCGAAUUUGCUUCAGGAAGAAGAUAUGCAUGUCUAUGGUGUUAGCCCCAUGACUGAUGCCUUGCAGCUGGUAUGCUGCAACAAUUGCAAGAAGCCAAUUAAGGACAGCCAAUUUGCUGCUCAUACAGAACUUUGUCGAUCAUUAAAGCUCACAGAACAAACUACGUUUGAGCUUGAUGGCAGCACUGGGAGUCGGAAACCUCCUAGGAAGGAAAAGAAAAAGUUAGCAGCUUCUUGUGCUAACCAAGCUUCGGCAGUUGGGGAGCAGAGAAGGUCUGCGUCUAUGGAUAAUAUUGACUCGGAUUUGUCACAAUCCCACCGGAUUAGUCAAAUCAGAGUGAUUCCCUUUUCAAACAAGGUUAAAGUUCCAACUUCCUUAGGACACUCUACUUGUGUCGAUGGAGCAUCUAUGAUGGAUGGUACUGGAAUUAAUCCUGGAAAUAGGGACCACCCAGCUUCUAUAAUGCAUCCUCCAACAAAACGUCAUAAAUUGAGAGCAAACACCCACCUACCUGUAUUAGAAAGCUCUGGAACAGAUUCUGGAGAGACCAAAACUCCGAGUCUCACUGAUGGAAUAACUUGCAAGGACUUGGUUGAAAUAACUACUUCAGAACAUGGAGAUCCUAAUCGAAAAAUCCUUGGGCAGGUCCUUGUGCAACAUCCAAACACUACGAAGAAUGAAUUUCCUGCGCCCCUUGCUACGAAGAUAUUUUAUUCACAAAGGACCAAUCGACUGCGUGCCAGACUUCGACAUAUUUACUUCCAGAACUUAAACGAGCAAUUGCGUACUGAUUUGUGUCCAAGGACAUCACAUGCGGAGAUGGUCGCAUUCCAAGAUUCAUCUCUUAGAUGCCCUUCAUCUUCUCAAAUGGACAAUAUGCACGAGGGUCGAUCACCUAAAAAAUCUGAUCACAUUCUUGCCAAAAGCUCAGAAGUUUGUAUACUUAAAGCAGGAGGCCUGCCAAGCAGUGGUUUGUCAAAUCAGUUUCUUCUUGAUAAUGUUUCAAGGUCUACAGCCACUCAUAUUGGUUUGACUAGAAGCAACUUUCUUCCAACGUCCUAUUCAUUUUCUAGCAACACAGGAAAUUCAUUGGGAACAAUGCAGCAACCAAAUGGGAGUGUUCCUGUUAUUUAGAAACCAUGGUGGAAUUUUUUUGGGUUGGUAAAGGUACAGGUAACCAAUACUUGAGUGUAGGAUUUAGCUCCUUUUUUGAAGCUGAUAGAGUAAAUUACUCAAAGUGUGUAUCAUGUCAUCUGCUUUGUACAUGUAAACUUCUGUAUAAAUGGAUGGAAAUGAAGAAAUUAUUAGUUCUAUA